AGUUGCCACCACCUCUGUCCAGCUGCAGCAGGAAGCCGCGAGCACCAGCCUGGGAAUGAGAUGGUCAAACAGCCUGCAAAGCAAUCCCUUCUCGCAACCCCCGCCAGGGCCCACCCCCCCCCCUCGGCCCUGACUCAGCUGGGAGCCCAGGGUAGACAGUUCCCACCACGUGCUCUGCGGUGCCCACUGCCCCUAGGCUGAGCCCUGUGUCCCUCAGAGUUAAUCGUGCACAGUGGGGCCCCAGUCGGUGCAGGUGGGCUGGGACACGGGCCUGGGAGCGUGUGUAACGGUAGCACCGGCUGCAGCCAGCCUGGGCUGCGCUCAGCCCCUGCUGUGUGGAAGCCAGCGGGGUGAAGGUACGCCAGAGCCCUGCCAUGCUCUCCCUGGCACACCUCCCUGCUAAGUGGUGUCACCUGCCAGCUGGAGCUAGAGACUUGGGCCCCUCUAGUAAUUGUACCAUGAGGCCAGCCCCAGCUGAGCUCAGGCCCCUCUUGUGCCAGGGGCCAUGAACCAGCAAGAGUCUCUGCCCCAGAGCGCCCAGUCUCAAGCAGAGCCAGGGGGAUGGGACUUGCCCAAGGUCACACGUGAGGGCCAAAGCAGAGUUAGGAAGUGAACACUGUCCAGGGCUCUGCCCACUGGCCCCUGUGUGUUGUGGGUGUAAGUGCAGCAGUGUAAGGACGAGGGCGACAUCCGGUAACUGCCCAGAGAUCUCUGUGCUGACGGCUGCUGCUAAACAGCAGCCGGUCAAUAUGGCUAGGCCGAGGCAUCCUUCAUUCAGGCUCAAUGGGACAAGCAAUUAAAUAUCCCAACAUCUAGCAAUAGCUGGAAACAAUAGGAGACCACCACCCAUGUCACUGGGCCACAGGCUGGAGUGAAGCAGUGGGAUCUGAGAGGUUUCCCCAGGCUUGAUUGCAGAUGCAGGUGUUAGGGCUGGUUGGUUGCAGCUGUGUGUGAGAGAAAGCAGAAUACCAAGAGAACGGGGGGAGAAGCAGUGGAGAGCAUGGCCCUGAGUGGGAGCCAAGACAGCUGCUUAGCGUACAAGACUGGCUCGAGGGCUGGCUGGGAAAUGGAGCCAAACUGCCCCUAUUUGUUUCCUUGCGAUUCAGGGGCAUUGUGGGUCAGACCAAAAGUCCAUCUAGCCAUGUCCUGUCUUCCGACUGUGGCCAGUGCCAGGGGCCCUAGAGGGAAUGGACAGAACAGGGAAUCAUCAAGUGAUCCAUCCCGUCUCCCAUUCCCAGCUCCUGGCAAACGGAGGCUAGGGACACCAUCCCUGCCCAGCCUGGCUAAUCGCCAUUGAUGGACCUAUUCUCCAUGAAUUUGUCUAGUUCUUUUUUGAACCCUGUUAUGGUCUUGGCCUUCACAACAUCCUCUGGCAAGGAGUUCCACGGGUUGACUGUGCGUUGUGUGAAGAAAUACUUCCUUUUAUGUGUUUUAAACCUGCUGCCUGUUAAUUUCAUUGGGUGACCCCUAGUUCUUGUGUUAUGAGGAGUAAUUAACACUUCCUGAUUCACUUUCUCCACCCCAGUCAUGAUUUUAUAGGCCUCGAUCAUAUCUCCCCUUAGCCGUCUCUUUUCCAAGCUGAAAAGUCCCAGUCUUAUUCAUCUCUCCUCAUAGGGAAGUCAUUCCAUUCCCCUAAUCAUUUUUGUUGCCCUUUUCUGAACCGUUUCCAAGUCCAAUAGAUCUUUUUCGAGAGGGGGCGACCAGAGCUGCUCAGAGUGUCCAAGGUGUGGGCGUACUCUGGCUUUAUAUAGAGGCAUAUGAUGUUUUCUGUCUUAUUAUCGAUCCCUUUCCUAAUGAGGCCCAACUUUCAAUUUGCUUUUUGACUGCUGGGCCCCCAAGAAAUUGCUGGAACUUCUGCUACUGGGAAUAACCGGGUCAGGCCCUGCCUGGGGGCUGAGCUCAGGGUGGGGCUGCCCUCCCCAGGAGCCCGGUUUCUGUGUCUGGCACUGGAUUUGGUUUUGAUUUCUGUCUGUGACGGCUUGGCUGGGGGAUCCCUGAGGGGGACUCCAGGGCAGUGCAAGCAGCUGGUGCAGCGACCUGCGGAUUCACUGUGGUGUAGCCGAGCCCUGCGCUGGGCUUGUGACUUCGGCUCCCGGAUCCAGGUGCCCAGUGCCCACCCACAUGGAGCUGCGUGACUAUCAGUGGGAAGUGAUCCUGCCCGCCUUGGAGGGCAAGAACAUCAUCAUCUGGCUGCCCACUGGUUCAGGGAAGACCCGGGCAGCCGCCUAUGUGUGCAAGAGGCACCUGGAGACUCGGGAGCGGGCCAAGGUGGCCGUGCUGGUGAACAGGGUGCACCUGGUGGAUCAGCACUACAUGCAGGAAUUCCACGCGCUGCGGGAUCGCUUCCAGGUCACGCCCAUCAGCAGCGACAGCGACCGGAAAUUCUUCUUCUCCCAGGAGGUGAAGCUGAGCGACCUGGUGAUCUGCACAGCGAAGAUCCUGCAGAACGCCCUGACCAGCCAGGACCAGGACAUGCACGUGGAGCUGACAGAUUUCUCCCUGCUGGUGAUUGACGAAUGCCACCACACCCACAAGGACGGCGUCUACAACCAGAUCAUGGAGGAUUACCUGGAGCGCAAGAUAAGAGGCGAGCGGAAGCUGCCGCAGAUCCUGGGCCUCACCGCCUCUCCCGGCACCGGGGGGGCCACCAACUUCCAGGGGGCCAGGCAGCACAUCCUGCAGAUCUGCGCCAACCUGGACACCGCCAAAAUCAUGUCGUCCCAGAAGCACCGUGUCCACCUGGAGGCUCAGGUCCCGCAGCCCAGGAAGCAGUACGAUGUGUCCCACGAGAGGCUGCAGGAUCCCUUGGGCAGGAAGCUGAAGGAGACCAUGGCCCACAUCCACCAGUACCUGGACGUUCGCGGCGUGCCGCAGGACUUCGGCACACAGAUCUACGAGCAGCGCGUUGUCGAGCUGGGGACGGAAGGAGCCGAGUCGUUCUGCCGUAAGAAGCGUACGUGCGCCAUCCACCUGCGGAAGUACAACGACGCGCUGCUGAUCAAUGACACGGUGCGUGCCAUCGAUGCCUUCAGCACCCUGGACGACUUCUACCAGCUGGAAAAGGCCACCAAGGUUCUGCAGGACCCCACGGAGCGCUUCCUCGUCAGCACCUUUGAGGAGAACAGGACAGCCCUGCUGGCUCUGGCCAGCGACCCGCGCUACGAGAACCCCAAGCUGAGCAAGCUGGAGGAGAUCCUCCAGGAGCAGUUCAAGACCCCAGACAGCUCCCGCGGCAUCAUCUUCACCAAGACGCGCCAGAGCGCCCACGCCCUGCACAAGUGGAUCCAGGAGAACACGAAGCUGGCAAGGCUGGGCAUUAAGGCAGCUGUCCUAACUGGAGCCGGCUAUAGCAACCAGACCAAGCACAUGACCCAGAACGAGCAGCAAGACGUGAUCAAAUUGUUCCGCAAGGGAGACUUCAACCUGCUCUUCUCCACCAGCGUGGCCGAGGAGGGCCUGGACAUCCCAGAAUGCAACAUUGUGGUUCGCUACGGGCUGAUGACCAACGAGAUUGCCAUGGUGCAGGCCAGGGGCCGCGCCCGCGCCAAGAACAGUCUGUACUCCGUCCUCGCCAAGGCCAACAGCAAGGAGGUGUCGCGGGAGCGGCUGAACGAGACCCUGGAGGAGCUCACGCAAAGAGUCAUCGAAGAGGUGCAGGCCAUGCCGGAGAAGGAGUACCGGGACACGAUCGCAGCCCUGCAGCGAAGCGCCAUCGUUAGCCGGAAGGUGAAGAGGGCUGAAGGCAACCAGAAGCGGCAGCUGCACGAGCCGGACGCCGUCCGCCUCCACUGUAUAAACUGCAACGUGGCCGUGUGCCACGGCAGCGACCUGCGCACCGUGGAGAAGAUGCACCACGUCAACGUCAACCCGGACUUCAAGAUUUACUACAACGCCACGUCCGCCAAAGUGGAGAUUCCCCGGAACUUCAAGGACUGGAAGCCAGGGGGCAGCAUCAGCUGUGCCAGCUGCGGCCAGGCCUGGGGCAUAGAGAUGAUCUACCGCAGCGUGACGCUGCCCGUCCUCUCCAUCAAAAACUUCGUGGUGGCGACACCGGACGGGAACAAACAGACCAAGCAGUGGAGCCGGGUGACUUUCGCCAUCGAGGAGUUUGACUAUGUGGAGUACUGCAGCAGCAAGCUGGGCAUGUAGCACCCGGCGCGCUCAGGAGACUGUCCGAGCCCCAGGCACCCUCCCAUGGUGAUAGGGAGCCUCAGCCCAGCCCUUGGCAUGGUAGGCGGGAGCGCCCCUCCUGGAGAUCAGCACUGGGCACAGUGGAAGCAUUUUAACCCUGCUUUGUCCGGGUGUGGCUCUGUCUUUCCUCCAUAAGCUCUGCAGUACCCGGGCACUAGGCAGGAGCAGACCAAUGGAGGAGUAAGAACCCUCUGGAGAUGGGGGGCCCCCCUGCGCUCCUGCCCCCUCUGCUCUGCUGGGCCCCUCUGGGCCUGCGCAGAAUCAGGUGCAGGAUUGGGACCUAGGGGGGCUGCCUCCCCCAGAGACCAGACUCUGGGCUGAGAGGUGGUCUAGGGAUGGGACUGAAGUGUCCCGGCCAAACAAGGCAAGGGACCAUAGAACCAUAGGGGUCAUGCAGUCUGACCCCCUGCCAAGAUCUGUACUGUUCAGCCCAGGAUUGGCCAAAAAAAUCCCUCCUGCCCUCCCCAGGCAUCUAAUGCACUCCCCCAUCCACCCUCCUCUCCACCCUGCCCUGCCCUCCCCCUCAACACUCACUGCUAAGGGGCAGAGUGGUGUGACCAAAGCACAGCCCUGGGAUGCAAGACUCCUGGGUCCUGUUCCCAGCUCUGCCGUUGACUCACUGGCUGAUCUCACACACGUCUCGUCCCUCCUCUGUGCCUCAGUUUCCCUACCUGGCAGCCAAUGGAUAAUGCCGCACCCCUUCUAAGGGGCAUCUGAGGGUAAAUGUCUUUGUGGUUCUGUGAAGGAUGGUACGCAUCUCUCCCCCGGCCCUUGUCCGGGAGCCCUCCCCGCAUCUCGGUCACAGUUUGCAGUGAUUCUGCGCAAUGCACACAGGCCAUAUUUUUUCCUGCUCGGCUGCACGAACCCGAGUGCGUGUCAAUUGCAGCAGCGAGUGAUCGGUUUGCAGGACUGCCACCAGCCCCUCUGCUGUCCGAACCACUCACCCUUGCAGCGGCUCGUGCUUAGCCGGAGGGGAGAAGCCAGUACGAAAACAGGCAAGUUCUUAUGAAAAUUGGAAGAAUAAAGCCAAUAGGGGGCCUCCUUGAGCCUCUCGGGGCCCCCACACAAUUGCUUAGCCUGCGUAUGCCUAGUGCCAGCUCUGGGUGGGUAGGAGGGACAAGCCCCACGGAGUCACUAGACACCACACAAUGCGGUCGGGAGCGGCCGGCGAGUUGCUUUGCGCGCUGAUCUCCAAGCAGCCUGCUGCCACUUGGGGGGUUUGAGGCUGUGACGCUGGCAGGCCAGGUGGCAGCUCAUGCCGCCGUCCCCAGGCCUCAGCUGACCGCUGACAAAUACACAGCGGGCACCAGUCUGGCUCCCCGGGGGUUCGUAGUGAUAAACCAGGUAGUAGAAUUAUCAGCAUGUGCUUAGUGUUUAGACUUCAGCGAAUUGCUGUGAGUUGCUACGUGCGUUAAUCUCAGUCAAACUCUGUAUCCCACCCUGUAAGGUAAUAGCUGAGCGUUUGCGCUGUCAGCCUCUGUAACUGUGUAAAGCCCCGGACUGGAGCGAGAGCGAUUAGUGUGAAAUGCUGGCCCCCGACGGCAGGCGUUACCGCCAGCCUACAAGGAAGGCCCAGCCACACCAGACGGACUAGAGCGGAACAUUAAUGUGGACAAAAGACUUGGUUGUUUACGCUCCCUAACCCUAUUAAGAUGAGUCUCGCCCGUGAAUUCCUCCCAUGUCCCAUCAGCUGAGUUUCAACUCCGAGCAGAAGAGGAGAAGGGAAUAAAAACCCCUCACAAGGAGGAACUGGAUCUUUAUGCUUCUUUGCAUAGGACAAGACUCGCUAGGCAUAAGCAAAAGAUCCCCAGCUGCUCAGCCCGGGUUAGCCCUGCAGGAGACACAGAGCUUGCAUAGCAUAGAAGCGUCUGUGACUUUUUCAAACUGAAGAUUGGAACUCAUUUGUGUGCAUCUGUUUACCCACUUUAACUGUAUAAAUAACUCGGAUUUCCUUUUCUAUAGAAUAAAUCUUUAGAUAGGUUAGUAUA